AUGGCACACCACCCUUACUAUGAGGAAACUGAUGAUGUUGGAUACUCGGCCAACACACUCUGUUUCUCAUACUCCAACACUGAUUACGCCAAAAGUGAAGAUCUCUCCGAUCGGAUCGACCCCUCUCUCCAAUUUUACACACAAUAUUCCGGCCUACAAGGCGAUUCCUCCGGCAUCAGCGGCAUGCAACGAUUUCUCCAGGAGCAGCAGACCAACUACUUUACUGCACCAAGGAACUUCUCUAGCCAGAAUGCCAAUUACACUGGCAUCUACCCCGACAUGAGCUCAUCUCUUCACCACAACUCACAAUUUCGACAUGGCUCACCAAUAUCCUACCAGCAAUCGUCAGUGGCUAGCGGACCACUCAGUCCCCCCUCGACCGACAAUGGUGCAUACGUCGAAAGCACUCAAGGGCCAUCGACACCUCCUAACACUGCCGUCUGGUCACCACAGUUUGUCUCGCUGGGCUCUCAGUCACCCAGCGUUUCUCUAUAUGGACUCUCGAACGUGUCACAGGGAUGCGUGAAUCCAUCUGUGAUUCAACCUUGUCAAAUCCUCCUGGAUAUCAAAGUAGAAGAAGAAUUAGGCUUCAAUAUCGACGCGGGUGCUGAAGCCGAAAGCGCCACUCCUACUUCCAUUUGCCUGGGAAGUGGCUUAGAUUCCACAUCGUCAGCCAAUACUCCAAACUCAGCAGCAGACUCUCAAGGCUUUGGCAUUGACACCUACCCUGAAAUUGACGAAAUGGGCAUAGAUGAAAAUACUGGGAACGAUCCUGCAAUCAAAGUCUCGAGCAGCGUGGCCGGAGAUGACGAUGACGACGAGGAAUACAAGCCCACCCGCAGAGGUAAAUCGUCCCGAGCCACGAAGAGCAACAGUCGACGGGGUCGCACAAAACGGCCCAGCAGAACAAAGGUUACGAAACCAAAGCCUUCGUCUCGUAGCACUACAACUCGAAGACUAGUGUCCUUCUCUCCGGAUGGAAACACAAUGUGUAAUCAUUGCCAUGUCUCUUUUAGGGACGAAAUCUUACUCCAGAAACACACCAACACUAUGCAUAUUCGUCCUUUCAUAUGCGUCUUUCAUUUUGCUGGGUGUGAAAAGACAUUUGCAAAGAAAAACGAGUGGAAACGCCAUGUGUUAGCACAGCACUUGAACCUUGACUACUGGCUUUGCACAGCAGGCAUUUGCGGCUAUUCGCCGAACCCCUCCCCCAAGAGCAUUGCAGGUAAACCGACACAUUGCAGAGUCUUUAGAAGAAAAGACCUCUACACACAGCAUAUUCGCCGGAUGCACUCAUGGCCCGAGGUAGUCAAUGCGGACAAGAAAGACAAGAACUUCCCUAUCGAGUGGAUAGUUCAAGAGAAGAAGUAUCAGGAGGCUGCCUUACGACAGCGGUGCACAUUACCCAGCUACAUGCACUGUCCAGCCGAGGGCUGCAUGACUGUAUUUGACGACGGCCUAAGGACUUGGGAUAGUCGUAUGGAGCACGUCGCGAUUCACCUCGAGCGUGCUGCGAACAAUGAAGAGCCGCCAGUGGUAUUUGGUGGUGCCAACGAUAGAGCUCUUACAGACUGGGCAUCGCAACCAGAUGUACAUGUCAUUGUGUCUACCAACAAGGGCUGGGAAGCUUGCCAGCCGCUCAAGGCGGCCAGAACUGAGAUCUCUAGGCUAUCAAACCUCAACGAAGGUCUCGAUGAGGAUGCAGAAGGCGAGGAAUGCUGA